GUUCAAUUUCAUUUAAAAAAACGGGGGAAUAACAGAUUUAAAUAAUCUAUAAAAUUUUGUGUCUAUGUCAUCAUAAUACGGAAGAAGAAGCAUGUAUUACAGGUCCAACUUCGUAUUAGUUAUGACAGUUAGUUAACCUCUACAUACCAUGAAUUAAAGACGAAGGAACGGCAUCAAUUAGAUUUAGAUUUUUUAAUUAUAAGGGGCACGAUGUCUGGCCAGGCGAGGUAUGGUCUGCUGUACACUGAAUACGGCACCUCCCCACACUGGAGGCUCUCGUUUCCGAAGCUCGCCGUCUACAUUUUGUGCUGUCCAUUGUUUUCGUUUUUAUUUUGCAUCGCGUACUCCGUCCUGUUCAACUUCGAAAGUGCCACAUUCACUCAUUGCCAAGUCUACAACUUUCUUCCGUCGAUCUCGGCCGCCAUCGGUAACUUCUCGCCGCAGAGGGAGGUUUGGCAGAUCGCCAUAACGUUGCAGGCGGGACCCCGUUUGUGCGUCGCUUAUCUGUAUUUAAAACAGCACAGCAAUUUGCUGUACAACGGUGACUUGUGGCUCAGCUACAUUGCUUUCAUCCUCAAUAUCAUUGAGAACCUUUCCCUCAUUGUUUUGUCUUAUUUCACAUCAUCCAAACAUUAUGAUGUUCAUGCGAACGCGUUCGUUUGCUUUAUUUUAGGAUCCGAAUUUUACAUGAUCAUGACAUGUAUUAUACAGAGUAGAUCAAAAAAAUUACACAGGGUCAGUCUCAAGUGGAAAAAGAGGUGUCUCUGUAUAAAUAUAAUCUGCAUCGUAUUAGCCACAUACCUGUUCAUGAGACAUAAUUCACUUUGUGAACCAUACAUUUAUUCGUUCUUCGCAUUGUCCGAGUAUGUGGUGGUGCUCUCGAACAUGGCAUUCCACAUAACUGCCUAUUUGGACUUCGAGAACAAGGACGUAGUCGUUUACAAAUACGGUGUUGAUUUGACAGAGAGAUAAUAUUUGGUUAUAUAGCUAGUCAUUUAAUUAAUAAGGUGCGACGGAGUGAAACACAUAAUGAAAGCAGUGAUAUUGAAGAUUAUAUAUUUUUGAAGUAUUGGAAACAUUGUGAUUUUAUUGUUAUUUUUAUAUGGACAACUUUCAAAUUAUACUAUUUAUGUAUUUUAAUCUAAAAUUUAUACAAUAUUUAUUUUGUGGCAAAUGCAAGUGGUUUAUUUUUUUAUCGUUGUUGACGACGAUUUUUGUUACUACUUGUUUAUAAAGUAUUCAUUCCAUUAAAUGUAUUGAAAUACAUAUAGAUGUAUAUGGGAGAUUAAACAUAUCUAGAAGUAUUGUGUCGUAUUCUAAUCUAGGAACAAAUUAUUUACUUUGCAAUUUAAUUAAACCAAAAUAAUUUGCUGAUCAACUAGAUUAAGAAUAUUUCCCAAUAUUCGUAUAUUCUUCAUUAUAAAUUGUGUAAAUACACUCAUUUUUAUAAAAUAUUUAUCAUAUUACAGUUGUAAUAAUUAUAUAGCCUGUAUAAGAAAUAUAGGAUUAUUUUUUAUAUAAUACACUACUUAAAAGUUGUUUUUCUUGUAUUACGUUGUACAAAAGACUGAAACAAUUGUUUUGUUUGUAAUAAUUUUCACUGAUUUGUUAAUGAUUGUUGUGGGUUUAUAAUGUAACUUUGGACUUGUCUUUCAAACAUUUUUUGAAUAUUUCUUCAUCUAAACUUGCUUCCGAAUUGUAUUUAAUGUUUAAAACUGCAAAACACAUUAUUUCAACAUCUGCUUUAACUUACUAUUGUGUGUGAAAUGUGUUCUGCAGUUCAAUUUUAUUCCUGUGAUGUAAAUAUUCGUGUAAUUUUAGGUCAAACUAAGUCUAUGUAGAUGUUUUAAACUACCUACACUGAACAAAAUUGCACAAUAAAUCUAUAAUUCCAUUGUUGAA